UGGCUGGCUGGCAAACCAAGUGCCCUGAGGCUGUCUUGCAGCUGCCCAACCAGUUUGGACUGGCGGGAGGGGCCAGCAGGGCCCUCCCCCUUUCUCUGCUGGGCUCCAGAGCUCUGCUGCUGUGGGCAGCGCCAGGGCGGCACUCCGGGAGCCGGGAUGGGGUCCCGCAAGAGGAGUUUCACCUUCGGGGCCUACGGCGGGGUAGACAAGACGACCACCUACCCCUGGAGCCUGCGGAAAAAUGAUGGGCUGCCCCACUCCUCCUCCAGCGGACCCUUAGAGCUGCCCAGAAGGAUCUCUCCCCCUUCGCACCCCCUAUUUCCCCAUCCCAAGAACACCGAAUUGUUUGCGAUGAUCGAAAAGAUGCAGGGAAACCGGAUGGACGAGCAGCGCUGUGCCUUCCCCCCUCCCCUCAAGACGGAAGAGGAUUAUAUCCCGUAUCCCAGCGUCCAUGAGGUUCUGGGCCGAGAGGCUCCCUUUCCUCUCAUCUUGCUCCCUCAGUUUGGGGGCUACUGGAUCGAGGGCACCAACCACGACCUGGCGGAGCUGCCCGAGCUCCAGUCGCCCGGCUGUAAAGUCAAACUGGAAUGCAACCACCUGGCCAGGGUCUACCGGAAACACUUCCUAGGCAAGGAACAUUUCAACUACUACUCGGUGGACGCAGCCCUGGGACACCUGGUUUUCUCACUCAAGUACGACGUGAUCGGGGACCAGGAGCAUCUGCGCCUGCUCCUCCGCACCAAAAGCCGGUCCUAUCAUGACGUCAUCCCCAUUUCCUGCCUGACCGAGUUCCCCAACGUGGUCCAGAUGGCCAAGCUGGUCUGUGAAGAUGUGAACGUGGACCGUUUCUACCCUGUCCUGUAUCCCAAGGCCUCCCGCCUGAUCGUCACCUUCGACGAGCACGUCAUCAGCAAUAACUUCAAAUUUGGGGUGAUUUACCAAAAACUUGGCCAGACAUCGGAAGAGGAGCUGUUUAGCACGACGGAGGAGAGCCCGGCCUUUCUGGAGUUCCUGGAUUUCUUAGGCGAGAAGGUGCAGCUGCAGGACUUCAAGGGGUUCCGGGGCGGCCUGGACGUGACCCACGGCCAGACGGGGACCGAGUCCGUCUACUGCAACUUCCGAAACAAGGAGAUCAUGUUCCACAUCUCCACUAAGCUGCCCUACACCGAAGGGGAUGCGCAGCAGCUCCAGCGGAAGCGCCACAUCGGCAACGACAUCGUGGCCAUCGUCUUCCAAGACGAGAACACCCCCUUUGUGCCGGAUAUGAUCGCUUCCAACUUUUUGCACGCCUACGUGGUGGUGCAGGCCGAGAAUGCCUGUUCGGACAAGACUCUCUACAAGGUUUCGGUCACUGCCCGGGAUGACGUCCCCUUCUUUGGUCCCCCGCUGCCCAACCCAGCCGUUUUCCAGAAGGGGCCGGACUUCCAGGCGUUCCUUUUGACCAAGCUGAUCAACGCCGAAUACGCCUGCUACAAAGCGGAGAAGUUUGCCAAACUGGAAGAGCGUACGCGGGCGGCCCUGCUGGAGACCCUCUAUGAGGAGCUGCACCUCAACAGCCAGUCCAUGAUGGGUCUGGGGGCCGAGGAUGACAAGAUGGAGAACGGCGGGGGAGGCAGCAGCAGCUUCUUUGAAUCAUUCAAGCGGGUGAUUCGCAGCCGCAGCCAGUCGAUGGACGCCAUGGGUCUCAGCAGCAAGAGACAGAACACCGUCACCACCAGCCACAGCGGCAGCUUUGGGCACCACAGCCCUGACAUCGCCAAAGCCACGGGCCUAUCAUUGCUUGUGCCCGGAAAAACGUCAAGUAGGUACGGACGUCGAGGCAGCGCGAUAGGCAUAGGAACCAUUGAAGAGUCCCUGAUCGUGCCCGGAAAGAGCCCGACGCGGAAGAAAUCGGGGCCAUUUGGUUCCCGCCGAAGCAGCGCCAUCGGCAUCGAGAACAUCCAGGAAGUGCAGGAGAAAAGGGAGAGCCCGACGGGCACUGUGAAGACGCCUGACAGCAGCCACGCCAGCCAGGAGCCAAAAUCCGAGACGUCCUCCAAUCAGAGCUCACCAGAGAUGCCCACCACCAAAAACAGGGCGGAUCCGGUGAUGCCAAAGCCAGAAGCUGCGCACGAAUCGUCCCGCUCCUCCUCCAGUGCCAGCAGCUUUGGCAGCAUGGUGGAGGAUGCCGAAGGCUGCCGGGAUGACACAAGCGGGGAGAGCCACUUCCCAUCGAUGCAUUCCCACAAGCGCGAUUCCUUCAUGUACAGCACGUGGCUGGAUGACAGUGCCAGCACCCCCAGUGGGGGGAGCUCCCCAGGCCCCUCGCGCUCCCCCCAGCCAGACCCCAGGAAGCCCACGGAAAACCCUUGCCCAGAGAUCCAGAUCCAGCUCGAACACUCGGACCAGCAGCCCCCACACCUGAGCUGCUAACCUCCCUCCCAUCUCAUGGAUGUGCCUCUUGAGCAGCUCACGGCAAAGAAGCACAAGCUGAGGAGGAGGAGGAGGAGAAGCCCCCAUCUUCGUCUCGGCACAAGACGACGCUCCGACCAGCAAACCCUGCUUCUCCAACCCUUCAUUUUAAGCAGCUGCUUCUUUUCUUCUCCGGCCAUGUCCGGCGGCUUCCUUCCAUCGCGGUGCAAGGCACCCCAGGAACGGCAUUGCCCUGGGCCUCGAUUUCUCCACCCCCUUCCAUGAGCUGUGCUCAAAGAUGCCCCCUCCCCAAUUUCCAUCCCUAACCCAAACCCCUCCAGCUGUGGAGCCAAACGGUGGACAAUCACAGAGAUAAACCAUUUCCAGGGUCCACCUUGAGAAAGGACAUCCGGGCAAGGAGCUGCAAGCAGGGAAAUGGGAGUUUUCUGGACCGCUGGAUGGUGGGUUUCAGCAUGCGGAGGAGACCCAUGGAUGGAGGUGUUUAUGGAGCAUCAUCUGGAUUAUGCCUGGAUCACUCCCUCUGUCUCUGUUUUUCCAACUGGCCUUGCCACCGAUCUUCCUUCUGCGUCUCUCCUCUGCCCAGCUGGGACAUUCCUUCCUGCGCUCGGUACUUGUCACGUUCCCUGCCUAGUUUGCCCCCCAUGAUUUCCUCUUAUCCUGGGGAAUUUUGGCAGUUGUGGGGCAGAGUGCUUCCUGCCCAGACGUUCCCAAUCUCUCCCUUCCUCAAUAUUCAUCCCAAAGAAACCUUGACAAUCUCGCCAUAGGUCAGCCAGGGUGUGGAGGAGGGGCGUGGCUGAAUCUGGUGACUUUCAGGCUGGUCCAAGGCAGCUGGGCCACCAGCCCCCCUUCACCCCACCGCCUGGCCAAAGGAGCCAAGAGACCCUCCCAUUUGACGCUCUGGUUGGGCUCUAAGCUGUAGGCACCUCCCCUCUGUGCCAUGGUUGGGCCACCCCCAUGCUGUGCAGGAUUUAGGGGUGGGGGCACAACACCCUUGUGGGCAAUGCACCCUACUGGCUCCACAGGGGUUUGGAUCAGGGAAAGCCCCCCCCCCCCAAUUCCCAGGCAUCCAGGUUUAAUUUUAAGCAUCCUUCCAAUGAUGCAAAAAGAUUAAUUCCACAAUGUCCAGGUCUCUCUUUCUCUCUCUCUUAUGUCUGUUGCCUAAAGCCAUCCUUUCUUUCUUCCCUUUUGGGUUGUUUCGGUUACUUAAUUUUAUUUUAUUUUUUUAUUUUAUUUUAUUUUUUAAAAAAAGAAAGAAAGAUGCACAAAAUCCAUGAACUUACAAAGUUUAAACAUUCCGUUUAAUUUAAAUUCCAAGACUGUAUUCGUGUUUCCAGUGACCUGUGUAUAAUAUAUAUAAAUAUAUAUAUCUAUUUAUUGCUAUUGUAAGGAGAAUCUAUUUGUAAAAUGCUUUUUAAGAUAUACAGGCUGGAAAAUAAAACGAGGAA